AUGGAAGAAACACCUGGGGAUCUCGGAACAGUUCUGGUUUUGGGCGGCGGCGGCUUCCUGGGCACUGCUGUUGUCGAGAGGCUGCUCGAGACAGGCCGCUGGACUUCAAUCGUGGUCUCCAGCAGAAAUCCCAAUCAACAGAUACCAAACAUUUCAUAUCGCAAAUCCGAUAUUUGCGACGAGAAGAGCGUCACAGCGUUGAUCGACGAUGUCAAACCACGCCUAGUGGUCCACUUGGUCUCGCCUCGCUACAACGCUGAGCCACAACAACUCUACGAUUGCAACGUGAAGGGAACAUCGAUGUUUCUGGACGUAUGCCAAAAAAGUUCACAUGUCAAAGCGUUGCUCUAUACGUCGACUAAUAGGGUCAUUGCAAACUCUCCACCUGCGAUCCUCACCGAAGACGAUAUUGAGUUGUUCACCGAGUCCAGCAAAACGCAUCCAUACUGCAAGACCAAGGCUAUUGCCGACGCCAUGGUCCUGGCUGCAAAUGGAGACUCCUUGAAGACAGCUAUUCUGCGCGUGCCCAUCGUAUAUGGAGGCAGAGACCAGCACAUGGAGGUCGUAAUGGACUUUUUCGAUAAAGGUCAACAGAAAAUGCAGCUUGGGGAUAACAGAGCGCUCUUCGAGAUUGUCAAUAUAGACAACGCAGCUCAUGCCCAUGUUCUGGCUGCGAAAGCUCUGCUUUCCCCAACGUCGCGAGACAGAGACAUCUCUGGCCACGCGUUCUCCAUCACAGACGGGAAUCCGAUGGGCUGGUACGACUUUGCGCGAAAGGUAUGGGCGGAAGCGGGCGACAAGACGACACCAGAUGAAGUUAAAGUCGUGCCGUUUUGGGUACUCUUCUUCGCAGCAUCUACAUGGGAAUGGCUCCUGUGGCUGAGCACCUUGGGCAUGGUCAGGGCAACGAAGUUUAACUGGUACAACAUCAAUACGAUGAAGGAAGGAAGCUGUGUAUUGGAUAUUUCGAAAGCAGAGAAGAUGCUAGGAUAUAGUCCGAUAAUUUCUACAGAGGAAGGCAUUCGCCGAGCUACGAAGCGUGCGCUGAGUGAAAGGAAGAAGGCUUAA